AUGGCUCACGCGCCGGGGGAAGAUGUCGCUCCCAGUGGUUGCCUGCUCCCGUUCAGAAUGCAGCGCAAGAGGAAGGGCAAGCUUGGCGCGGGGCAGAACCAUCGCCUCGCCGCAGCCUUCGGAGCUGGGGCUGCUCCGUGGCUGCUCCAUGCAGUUCCCUGUCUUGUUCUUUGGAAACAGAAACCUGAGUACCUGGGAAUAACAGUAUCUCAAAAUCAAGCAGCUUCUGUGGGGGUUGCUUUAGGUCAGAAUGCAAUUUUCAUUCGGUUUGGUACAGCAGGCAUCAAAAUCUGCGUCAUCACCUUGGCGGAAGCCCAUCCCCUUCUUCAAAGUGGAAAAACAAUUAAAAGCAUUAAUUACCAAAUCAGUGCCAACUGUAGCAGACUCCAGAAUAAGGUCUCUGGGAAGUCAAAAAGGGGAGCUCAGUUUUUAACAGAACUUGCCCCUUUGUGCAGGAUAUCUUCAUCGGAUGGAGAGGAAUACACCAUUUAUAGCUGUAUACGAGGGCGACUGAUAGAAGUGAAUGAAAACAUUCUUAGCAAUCCCGCUAUUCUGCAAGAAAAGCCAUCAACCGAGGGAUACAUCGCAGUGGUUCUACCCAAAUUUGAAGAAAGCAAGAGCAUAACUCAAGGACUUCUGACGCAGAAGGAAUACGAGGAAGUUUUGUUGAAACGUCUUAAUUCUUCUUCAUGA